UUGGCAGCCCGAGGAGUCCGGAGCGGUAGGAUGGCAACACGGAGAAGUUUAAGAUACCCGGGGUCCCCGGGUGCAGAACAUUCAAAGAACGCUCUGGGAAGAGCACAUUCCAGGAAACACAAAGCUGGUCAAAAGCACAAGCCUAAGGACGUGUUUGACUUUCCUAAUAAUUCUGAUGUCUCAAGCAUGCUGGAAGAAAUGGAGGAAGAAGAGGAACCAUAUGAAACCUUUGACCCUCCACUGCACAGUACUGCUAUCUAUGCUGAAGAGGAACUGUCCAAACAUUGCGGGUCCUCUGCCUCUCCGGCCACUCAUGGAAGAGAAGAGGGCAGAAGUGUGGACCCUUCUGCAAACGAAGCAAGUGGAAACAAGUCUGUAAAGAUGAGUGCAAAAAAGCCGAGUAGAAAGCUGGAUCCCAUCAGCGACGAGUCCGAGAGCUCUGAAGACGACAUAAGGAGGAGAGUGGGGUCCCUGGAGAGAGCAGGAGAGCAGCACCAGGCUGCUCCUGCAGCGUCUUCGGCACCCCCUGUGAAGCGAGCCAAACGCACCACUCCUAAGAGGACAAGACCCCCCAGCACUCGGCCCUCUGCUGCAGAGGAGACUCGAGCAAUACAAAGGCAGCAGAAAACUCGGAAGGAAGUGAGGCUGUCUCCUGGCAGAAGGAAGAAACCAGGAAGCAAAGCCACAGACUCGGAUGCUUCUGAAAAUAUGCACAUCUGGUGUCUAGAAGGAAAGAGACGUGGUGACAUCAUGGAGUUGGAUGUUAUUUUGUCUGCGUUUGAGAAAACCUUCCUGGAGUAUAAACCAAGAGUAAAAUCUGAAAGAUGUAAUGAAGCCAUCAACAAAUUUUAUUUUAAAAUUAAAGGAGAACUCAUCAGAAUGCUUAAAGAAGCCCAGGGGCUGAGAGCUCUGAAAAGGAAGAACUCCAAGAUGAUUUCCGACAUGGAAAAGAGGCGGCAGCGUUUGAUUGAAGUCCAGGACGAACUGCUUCGAUUAGAACCACAACUGAAACAACUACAGAAACAAUAUGACGACCUUAAGGAGAGAGAGUCAUCCCUGAAGAAUUCCCUGCUUUUCUUAUCUAAUUUAAAGCAGCUGUGUCAAGACUAUUCGAAUGUCCAAGAGAAAGAGCCAAAGAAGAAGGAGAAGUAUGGUUCAUCUAGCCUUCCAGCUCUGUUGUUUAAAGCAAGAACGAUUCUGGGAGCCGAAAAACACUUGAAAACCAUCAACUAUCAGCUGGGGAAGCUCCUUGAGCAGGAAUGAGAAGACAUUCGCUGAGUCAGCCCCCUGCUGCCAUCUCCUGAAACUGCACUCUUGAUAACCAAACUUCCGCUCUGAUAAUAAGUGUGGCUUACUCAUCAGAAUUUAUUACCAUUUGUCAUUCAAACUAAAUUACACCAGUUCAACUGUCUAACGGUUUCAGAAGCCAUAGUUUAGUUCUGAUUAUUGUUAAUAAAUUUCGGUUUCUUGACAUGUUAGUCAUCAAGAGGCAUACGAGUUUUAACCUACAAUAAGCUUUUUAAUGAUGUCAGUGCAAGCAUGGAAUAAUUUUGAUUAGGAGCAGUUACUGAAGUAUGUCAAAAAAUCUUCAAUAAAACUGGCUCAGGUAAAAAGCAAAUUAUUAGAAAACCAAGUGAUAAAACAGUUGCUAUAAACAGGUUUAGUAAUAAGCAAAUAUAAUUUAAUUUUUUUAUAGUGUUGGGGAUUAAAUGCAGGGCCUUCUAGCCUUGGGCUGUAGCCCCAGCCCUAAUUUAACACUUAUGUCAUCAACCCUCAGGCUUCAGGCAAACUGUAGCCUUGUUAGGUGAGCCCUGUCCAUAGUUAGGCACUCUGUAAUGCUUCUGCAAUUAGUUCAUCGGGAAUGUCGUCCAUCACACUCCUGUAGCCGAGAAGACUCUUGUCUGCAGCGUCAGCGAAUUCAGCAUCUUCUGUAGCUUCCAGGAAGCAGACAUCAUCUUUGGCAUCCCAGUCAGCAUCAGAAAACUGGCCGGGUGACAGGUUACUGGAUGGCGGGUUUUGAGAAUUCUUGGUCAGUGAGUUGCUGGUUUCAUCUGCCUCAUCAGAAGUGAACUCCUCCUUUAUUUUGUUGAAAAGAGACGGAGGAUAGAAGAAUCAAGGUUAGUCAGAAUAAGUGACUUCACUACACACUCCAAAUAUGUUGAGUUAAGGUAUGAAGCGAUAACCAGUUUUUCAAAGUCAAAUGGCAUGCUAGAUUCCUGUUGUCAAGAACCGUCCCCAUGGGGCAGGGUAAGCUAGCUCAAACAUGGUUGCUUUGGUAAUGUAGGCAUACUUGAAACCCCAGGCCGAAACUGUAGUUCAUGGCAGAUGCAUUUCAAUAUCCCCAGAAGGGGUAUAGCAAAGGUAGAUGUAAAUUCCUAAUGGGAAGAUAGGCUAGCUGGAGACAAGCUGGAAAAUACAU